CUUUAUUCCUGACGUCAGACGGUCUAGCACACUUACCAACUCCCAGCCGCACCACGAUGCACUUUGACCUUAAUUUCCCGGUCACUGCAUCUGGAUCCACUUCUCAACAAAAGAAGAAUAAAAACAAACAACCCCAGCAAUCCUCCCAGACAGCUUUCACUCCUGCUCAGAUAAAGGGAAUCGAAGCUCGUCUGGACCUUCUUGAACAUUUAGGAUACACUGUGAUUGCGUUUAAUCAAUCUGUGAACAAGAAAAUAGACCCGAAAACUCAUGUCAACAUUCUGGAUGGACUCCUUCAACAGCUGAGGGCGAGGCCAGGGACGGUAUUCUUGAAGCGACUUACAAUCGUUCUCGAUAAUGACAGUGAGAAAGGCUUUGGUUUGACGAACGCAAACGCCUCCCUUGUCGAGCCCUACGAUGUAAUUGCUCUCCUGCCAACGACCCCCGCGACAUUUUCACUUGCUUGCCUCACACACAGUCUUCCUUCGCCACUCACUGCACACAUCGUCGCUCUUCCUUUAACGCUCCCCCGACUGCCCUUUCAGUUGAAGCACACGUUAAUCAGAACUGCGUUAAAGAACGGCGCAGUGUUCGAAAUCAACUACGCAGGAGCCAUCGGUGGUGAUAGUGACGCCAGUUUAUCAACUUUUGGUGUAAGUGAUACUGGUGCAAGUGGCAAACGGAAUUGGUGGGCCGCUGCACGAGAAGUCGUACGGGUGACAAAGGGCAAAGGCAUUAUUGUGAGUGGUGGAGUUGCCUCUGAGGCAGACUACAGAGGACCCAAGGAUAUCGUAAAUCUGCUCACGUUGCUGGACCUGGCACAAAAUUUGGCUCAUGAUGCAUCAGUUGCUGCGCCCAAAUCGCUCAUCUUGCGGGCACAGGCACGCAAAACCUAUCGAGCAGUCCUAUCAGAACCCAGAUAGCGAGAAGCGCGACAACGUAAAUAUCUCAGAAAAAUCGAGUCGAUCUUCUCCGAACCCUGCCCUAACGCUACCUCAACCAGCGGGAAGCAAGAAGCGGACUUGUGACGAAGUUAGUCUCGAAUCUACGGUAAACGGACACGUGAACAAAAAAAUCAGA